ACUUAGCCUCUUCUGUUUUCCCGGGACUCUGGGUUUAGCGGUAAACCCAUUGUCAAAUCUUACUAAUUCGACUAAUGACAUGUAUGUAAUUCAUGCUACGGUAUACCAAGUUGGAAUUAUUACAAAUAAAUCGGAUGACGAAAUUGCUAACAUGACAGGCAACCAAGAAUCUUUGUCAUUUUACCAUAGCAACGGCACUGCUGUGGACUUGAGCGGCAUUCCAGCUCCUCUGUUGACAAAUGUGACAGCUCAGAGCGCUGUGGCCGUGGCGCCCGUCCAACCUAUUGCAUCCUCAGACACUAGCCCUCCCUUCACUGUUCUCGAUCAGAUCACAAAGGACAAAAAAACCCCACUAGUUAAAAGAUCAGUAUACUAUCGCCAACCUCUUGACCAGGAAAUCAUGGAGGCUGACGAACACGGAGAUAAGAAACGUAGUAUUUACUUUAACCUCUUCAGAAGAUCGGUGGAUAACUCCAGCAUCAGAGGUCCGGCUAUUAAAGUGGUGGAAGAGACAUCCCUGAUCCCGCCGGAAGUCGGCUUGAAGUCAAUAGGGCUGCCGGACUUAGUUGGACUCAACACCAGCGUUGCAUCCGUCCCUCUUCCGAUACCUAACACUUCUGUUGUGCGUUACGCCAAAAUCAGCACCCUUGUGAAAGCACCUGAAAUAUUUCGCUAA